AUGUCAAGAUUGAGGCCACCAGGAGCUCCUCGCACAGAUGGACCUUCUUCUGCUGGCGGCACCGUCCUGCCGGAACCGGUCCAGUCGAAGAUGGUCGAAAGUUCCGACUAUUCGCUGGACACCGAGUUUGCCUAUUACUGUGCCCUCCUCACGGAGCUGAUCCCGGUGAUGCGAGUUGAGGAGGAAAAAGAAUUGGCCAACCGUUGGCUCACAAAGCUCGCGGAACCGACGCUGGCCGUGAAGAACCUCCGCGAUAAGCGGAACCGUUUUCUGAUGAUGCUGUGUAUCGGUUUGUACAGUGGCCACAUUCAGACCCCGUUCAAUAUGACUCCACCGGCAAAGCUGCCGGAAAUCGCCACCAUUAAGCGGCCCAGAUUUGACCCUCCCGCAUGGCACGGAAUCGAGGCCGAUUGGAAGGAGCACCUUGGACUGCUGGCGGAAAUGGGCAAAAAGCUUAAACUGCCGGCCGUUCGCAAGUGCCAAGCUCACGCGAAGCAGUGCAGUGGUGGGAAGGACGCUCGUGGAACCUUCCUGGAUCGCCAAUUCGAGUUCUUCCUGUACAACGCACGAAGUUAUCUCCGCUCGUUGAACGCCUAUCCGAAGCUGCGGGUUGCCUGCCGAUGGUUGGAAGCACUUUGCCAGGUUGACCGGAAUUGUUGUGCCCGUGCCAAAGGCAUCCGGAACGACUACAUGAUGGCGCUGAUGAGUUAUCUGCUGCACCACCAGCUGACCGGGCCGUUCCGAGGAUUGCCCGAGUAUCCGUUGGAGUCACUCCAGGAAUCCGCAAAGAAAGCUGCCGAGGGACAACCGCUGAAUCGUGCUACCGGAGGCGAUGGACAUGGCAUUCUGAACCAGUUUCCCAUACCUGAGGAGGGUGCCUUUGCGUUCAUUUCAUUGAGCUCCGGGCUGGUGAAGAAAAUGGGUGGGCUGUCGAUCACAUGA